UCUGCCCGCCUCAGUUUUCCUGUCUGUAAAAUGGGGGAACAACUCCAGCGAUAGAGCUGAAGCGGGCUCGAAGGCAGCAGAGAAGUGCCAGAGACGUGACCAGGUCUCCCAGCGCACCCGAGGCAGGCAGGACCGGGCGGGAUCCGGGUCCCAGCGCGCUGGUCUGAUUGCAGACGAUCGCUGUGAGAUCGGCUCGGUGCCAGAGCAGGCGACCGAGUAGAGAAAUCGCAGCCCGCAGCCAGCGUCUGACCCAGAGAGAGGCAUGGUCGGGCUUCAAACCCGGGUCUCCUGGCGGCUGGGCCUGGGGAGUCGAUGCUCUCCCCUUUUGUACUGAAAAGCCCAGGAGGAGACCUUUCACGGGUACAGCCUCACCCAGCGUCUCGGGAACGGAGGCCAUCAAGACUCGAGCCUGGCGGACCUGGGUUUGAACUCCAGCGCCACCCGUACCUCCUGUGAAAGCUUGGAAAGUCACUUCGCCUCUUUGAGCCUCAGUGUCCUCAUCUGCAAAUGGGGAUCAUAACCCCGUCUCAUCUUAGCUCACAGCUCAAUUAAACUAGAUAGUGUAUGCAAAGUACUAGGCACAUGCCACUGAGUAUCACCUGGGUCUGCUGAAAGCAAAACUCGCCAAGUAUCGGGCUCAGCUUCUGGAACCGUCCAAAUCGGCCUCAUCCAAAGGAGAGGGUUUUGAUGUCAUGAAGUCGGGUGACGCCCGCGUGGCACUGAUUGGAUUUCCCUCUGUGGGUAAGUCCACCUUCUUGAGUCUAAUGACCUCCACAGCCAGCGAAGCCGCGUCCUAUGAAUUCACCACCCUGACAUGCAUCCCUGGGGUCAUUGAAUAUAAAGGAGCCAAUAUCCAGCUCCUGGACCUUCCUGGGAUCAUCGAGGGUGCAGCACAAGGUAAAGGCCGCGGCCGGCAGGUGAUAGCUGUGGCGCGGACGGCAGACGUUGUCAUCAUGAUGCUGGAUGCCACCAAGGGAGAAGUGCAGAGGUCUCUGCUGGAGAAGGAACUGGAGUCUGUGGGGAUCCGCCUCAACAAGCACAGGCCCAACAUCUACUUCAAGCCCAAGAAAGGCGGCGGCAUCUCCUUCAACUCGACAGUCACACUGACCCAGUGCUCGGAAAAGCUGGUGCAGCUGAUCCUGCACGAGUACAAGAUCUUCAACGCGGAGGUGCUUUUCCGAGAAGACUGCUCCCCGGACGAGUUCAUCGACGUGAUCGUGGGCAACCGGGUGUACAUGCCGUGCUUGUAUGUUUAUAAUAAAAUCGACCAGAUCUCAAUGGAGGAAGUGGACCGCCUGGCCCGGAAGCCCAACAGUGUGGUCAUCAGCUGUGGCAUGAAGCUGAACCUGGACUACUUGCUCGAGAUGCUUUGGGAGUACCUGGCCCUGACCUGCAUCUACACCAAGAAGAGAGGACAGAGGCCAGACUUCACAGAUGCCAUCAUCCUCCGGAAAGGGGCCUCCGUGGAGCAUGUGUGCCACCGCAUUCACCGGUCACUCGCCAGCCAGUUUAAGUACGCGCUGGUGUGGGGCACCAGUACCAAGUACAGCCCGCAGCGAGUGGGCCUGACCCACACCAUGGAGCACGAGGACGUCAUCCAGAUUGUCAAGAAGUAGUGCCUCCUGCUGGGCCCCCUGCCUGCCCACCCUGUCUACCCGGGGAGUCGGACCCAGCCGGACACACCAAAGCCCAAACAGGAAAUAACGUGCAAAUACAUACACCCCAGGAAGGGGUCUCUCAAGUCUC